AUGGCAGAAGCACAGGGAGUAGUGAAACACGUAUUGCUAGCAAGAUUCAAGGAAGGAAUCCCAUCACAUGAAAUUGAAAAAAUCAUCAAGGGUUUUGCUAAUCUCGUCAAUCUCAUCGAACCAUUGAAGUCCUUCCAAUGGGGCACCGAUGUGAGCAUUGAGAACAUGCAUCAAGGUUACACUCACAUCUUUGAGGCUACCUUUGAAAGUACAGAGGGAAUCGCAGAGUACAUAGUUCAUCCAGCUCAUGUUGAUUUUGUCGGCAUCUUCGUGCUUGCUUUGGAGAAAGUCAUUGUGUUUGACUACAAGCCUAUUGUUUCUCACUUCUAA